CGCUCGGCCGGCCGUCCUGCGUACAGCGCGCGUCGCUCUUGGAGACUCCGGGCGCCGCCAUCAUGUCGACGGCCAUGAACUUCGGGUCCAAGAGCUUCCAGCCGCGGCCCCCGGACAAGGGUAGCUUCCCGCUGGAUCACUUCGGGGAAUGUAAAAGCUUUAAAGAGAGAUUCAUGAAGUGUCUCCGGGACAACAAUUUCGAAAAUGCUUUGUGCAGAAACGAGUCAAAAGAGUAUCUGGAGUGCAGGAUGGAGAGGCAACUGAUGGUACCAGAACCCCUGGAAAAACUGGGAUUUGGAGAUUUGAUAGAUGGAAAGUCAGAGACAAAAUCGGAACCGUGAUGGGAAGAAGCCCGCAGGGCUGUGUGGGUUGUCCGAUGACCUGCCGCCCCAGCAGCGUGCUUGUAGGUACCGUGGCUCAGGAAGGGGCUUUGGUGACGCCCGCGAGGUGCCACUCGAAAUAAAGACAGACACCCCUCCCUGA